AUGGUCAAGAAGCUGAAAAGUUCUGGUAUUCUAAAGUGCAAAAUAAAGAAUAUCACAGGCCACGCAUCUCCACAAGGGCUUGACGAUUAUGACUCAAGAGACAAACCAGAGCAGCAGAUCAUUUCAUGAGCCAUUGACAACACUGGUCCUGUUUCUUCAAGAAGCGCCUUAAGUCAACUUUACACUGCAAAUUCCACUGCAUCUUUGAGUGCUCCCAGCCAUGUUUACAAUUUCAGUCACAGCAGUGUCACCUUGAACAUCACCAGGAAUGAUGCCGUUCAGAAGAGCACAAGUGAUGUAAGGCAAGGAUACAAGCGGAUCUUCAUCACAGAAUCAGAUUCUGAGUGA